AUGUGUUCAAAACAAAGAGUCCUCAUUGCACAAAAACCUGUGGGAAAUGUAGAACAGGAACAUACUGUUACAAUAUCACUGGAGUCUGUCCUGGUGAUUGCCAGGAUCGGUGGGAUGGCAGAAUUUGUGACGUUUGUAAAAGAGGAUUUUACGGUCCAGACUGCACCGGGACCUGUGGCAAAUGUAAAACAGGAACAUUCUGUCACAACAUCACAGGGGUCUGCUCACAAGGAUGUCAGGAACAUUGGCAUGGAAACAAAUGUGACGUUUGUAAAGAUGAUUAUUUUGGACAUAACUGUGAACACGCAUGUGGUAAGUGUAAAAGUGGAACUCACUGUAACAACAUCACAGGAAUCUGUCCUGAGGGUUGUCGGAAUCGCUGGAGUGGGUCAGAAUGUGACGUGUGCAAGGAAGGAUUCUAUGGAACUAGCUGUGAAAACGCCUGUGGAAGUUGUGCAAAUGGAACUUAUUGCAAUAACAUUACAGGGAUAUGUACAGAUGGAUGUCAGAGUCAUUGGAAUGGAACAAUGUGUGACGAAGGAGGCUCUGGUGGAGUUAUUGGAGGGGUCACGAAGGUUUAAUAUGAGCAAGGAUUCAAAAGAAAUAGGAGUCUCAUCUGUAAAUUCCGAUAAAGAAUGCAAAAUCACAUACAGGAAACAAUCAAAUAUGAGCAGCAAUUCGUCCCAAGCGUCUCUUCAAGUACAAUUGCCAAGUCUGGACUCCGCCGAUGAUUCUCAAUACUACAACACAAGUCAAAUAAGCACAGAUAUAAGAAUUGAUGAACUACAGAAUGUUAUUGCAUCAAAAAGCGAGGGAAAAGAGAACCUAUUUCUCUUGGAAUAUCAGAGAUUACCUUCUAAAGACGAAAACAAAUGCAAUGCGGCCAAGAAGAAAGAAAAUGUCACCAAGAACAGAUUUAAAACGACAUUCCCCUAUGAUCAUUCGAGAGUAAUUCUUGAAGAGAAAUGGGAUGGACAUGAUAAUGAUUACAUCAACGCAAGUUAUAUAAAGGAUUGUGAUGGGGAAAGGCGCUUCAUAGCAGCACAAGGUCCACAAAAAAAUACAUUGAAAGAUUUUUGGAGAGUGAUUUGGCAAGAGAAUAUUGGUUGCAUUAUCAUGUUGACAAAUCUUGUUGAGAAUGGAAAGAAUAAGUGCACGAAAUAUUGGCCAGGUAGAAAUCAACCGAUGACGUCUGGUCCAUGUAAAGUGUCUCUUUUGGAAGAAACUACGUAUGCUUUCUAUACAAUUCGACAAUUCUCAAUCCAGAGAAAAAAAUCGGAGGAAGUAAGAACAAUCAAUCAGUUUCAUUACACAGCUUGGCCAGACCAUGGCACUCCUGGUGAAAUUGAACUGAAUCAAUUCCAUAGAACUGUGAAAAAGAAAUAUCAACCAGGUCUACCGUUAUUAGUUCACUGUAGUGCCGGAGUGGGGAGAACGGGGACAUAUAUUGGUCUGAAUGUGUUACUUCAACAAGGUAGAGAAACUGGGCGGAUCAACGUUUUUGAGUUUGUGAAGCAAAUGAGAGAGGAUCGUAUGACCAUGGUUCAAACAGUUGAGCAGUAUGUGUUCCUACAUAAGGCGCUUCUCUGUGGAUUUCAAGAAAAAGAUGUCAUACUUUCUGAACGUGACUUUCAGACAAAAGUACUCACUUUGCUGAAUGAUACUUCACCUUUUAAUCAACAAACUUUAGCAAAUGAGUUUCAGUUUGUAUCUGUUUUCAAAACCGUUGACGAUAAUGGAUCUAAGGAAGAUGCAAAGAAACUUGAGAAUAUGGCUAAAAAUGUGGAUAUGGACAUUUUACCAGUAACAAAAUACCGACCCUACCUUACAACAUACGUUAAGGGAAGAAAUGACUAUAUAAAUGCUGUCAUAGCUCCGACAUUUACAAACCAAAAUGGAUUUAUUAUGACACAAAAACCUUUACUGGACACAGAGGUCGAUCUGUGGCGACUGUGUAUGGACCAUGGAGUAACAGCUUUGAUUGUUCUAAAUGACACUGACGAAGGAAACAGCUGGUUGCCCAACAGAGGAGAAACACGACACUGUCAGCCCUUUACCAUAACGGCAAAAGAUACCGGAAGUGACAUCAAUGGCGUUCUACAAGAUAGAUUGCUGAUUUCAAACAGCGGUCAAAAAGCGCAUGUCGAUAUCUACCAAACAUCAUCUGGCAAUGACGAGGCUCUUGUAAAAUGUGCAAAAAUGCUACUUGAGAAAGAAAAUGCAUCAACUUCAACUUCUCUUGUCGUUAGCAAGAACGGAGCUGGUCCAGCCGGUAUAUUCUGUGUUUUGCAUAACGCCAUUCAACAGCUUCGUAUUGAUGGAGAAGUGGACAUAUUUACAAGAGUCCGACAGAUGCAGACUAGGAGACCAGAAGUCAUCACAACGCUUGAAGAAUACCGGAAGUGUUACCAUUUGGUUUCCCGCUCUGUUUCCUCAGAGGAAAUAUAUAAAACCUCAGUCUUCUCUCAGAUUAUUCAGGCCAAGCAACACAGAGUGAAUCUUAUAGCUGUUAAUCGUCAUACAGGAUUUUCUGUAUUUGUGUUCAAUGAGUCAUCCUUUAUCCCGCCGUCCAGUUCUGGAGAAACGGUCUACACUAACGACCCUUCUAUCUGCCCUAUGGACGAGAUGAUAAUAAAAGUCAAUAAACUGACCCAGGGAAUAGCUUUGUAUAAUUCAAAGGAUCCUCCUCUAGACACGAACUGCACAGGAUAUGAACCAACAUUUGCUACCAUUGAAAUAUGCGAAGUUUUGGUUAUGGCAUGCGUAAUUGGACAUUAUGGAAUCAUCUGUGAGGAAAUGUGUGGAAGAUGUUUCACUGGAACCUACUGUGACCAGUUUACUGGUGAAUGUCCUAAAGGAUGCUUAGAAAACUGGCAAGGUGUCAAAUGUAAUGUGCCACCGUCCACUGCAAAGGUAGAUGCAGAUAAAGACACUUUGAAUAAAUUUGCAACCCAGGCCUACUCCAAAAUUUUAAAAAGAGCAGAGAACAACACCGAAGUUCCAGAGGAAGUCUUUUCCUUUGAAGUAAAUGAAACCGAGGAGCAGAAUGUGAAGCAAAGCAGAAGCAAGACACAAAGAUUGCGUGAAUCAGAGGAGCAAGAUGACACUAUGAGUCCAAAAAAGAAAAAAAAAGAAGAAAUCUCUGGAAAUGCAAUCACACCUGCUUCUCCAUCUCCACAGAUAACCAGUGUACUGCCACCACCGGAAUCAACACCAAUCAAUACACCACCGCCAUUGCGGAGAUCAGCACAUAAGCGGAAAAAGAAUGAAGGAAUAUAG